UUGAUCGCGAAUACUAUCAAAACAUUUGGCAAAUUAGAUGUUUUGGUGAAUAACGCCGGCAUAUACCCGGACACAAACAUUACACAAAAAGAUUUAUUACAAGUUUGGGAUCAGGUCUUCAACAUAGACUUGAGAGCAGUCGUCGAACUGAUCCACGAAUCGGUUCCAUAUCUGGAGAAGACUAACGGCACUAUCAUUGAUAUCUCGAGUAUUGCGGGAAUAGCACCGUUGUCCACCAAAUUAGCGUACAGUCCCGCAAAAACAGCCUUAGAUAUGUUGACUCGAGUACUAGCUCUCGAAUUGGGACCCAAAGGCAUUCGUGUCAACACUUUGAAUCCCGGUGCCACUCAAGUGGACAAAGCUAAUAGUCCAGUUGACAAAAUAACGCCAUUAGGACGUAUUGGACAACCAUUAGAUAUCGCCAAAGGGGUGGCAUUCCUGGCCUCAAGUGAUGCCUCAUUCAUAACCGGAGCUAAUCUGGUGGUCGACGGCGGACUCGUCUAUAAUUUUGUGAGCGCACAGUUUGACGAUUUUGAUAUCAAUGACUAUAAAGAUGUGGUUAAUUCACGAAACUUUACGGGAAAAGUAGUUUUGGUGACCGGUUCCAGCUCUGGCAUCGGGGAGGGGAUCGUCAAACUGUUCUCUAUAUUAGGAGCCAAUGUUGUGGUCACCGGUAGGAAAGCCGAUGACGUCCAGAGAGUUGGCAAAGAAGUGCAAGAAUUGUCACCAAAGAAACUAAAGCCAUUAGAAGUGGUCGGAGAUCUCACCAAAACUGAAGUCAUCACCACUUUGAUCGCGAAUACUAUCAAAACAUUUGGCAAAUUAGAUGUUUUGGUGAAUAACGCCGGCAUAUACCCGGACACAAACAUUACACAAAAAGACUUAUUACAAGUUUGGGAUCAGGUCUUCAACAUAGACUUGAGAGCAGUCGUCGAACUGAUCCACGAAUCGGUUCCAUACCUAGAGAAGACUAACGGCACUAUCAUUGAUAUCUCGAGUAUUUUGGGAAUAGCACCGUUGUCAACCAAAUUAACAUACAGUCCGGUCAAAGCAGCCUUAGAUAUGUUGACUCGAGUACUGGCCCUCGAAUUGGGAUCCAAAGGGAUUCGUGUUAACACUUUGAAUCCCGGUACAAUUCAAGUGACAAAAACAAUUGAUCCAGAAUAUGCUAAGAUAACACCAUUGAGUCGUGCGGGACAACCAUUAGAUAUCGCCAAAGGAGUGGUAUUCCUGGCCUCAAGUGAUGCCUCAUUCAUAACCGGUGCUAAUCUGGUGGUCGACGGCGGACUUGUCUAUAAUGCCGGCGCUCUUAAAGUUUAGGUUAUGAGUGCUUUGAAAAUAUUAAUUAAUUAUUAAUUUAAAUUAUUAUUAGUUUUUAAAAAUAUACUAAAAAUAAACCUUUCAUCAAAUA